GACGUGCUCGGUGAAGGGUGACUCGAACACCGGACAGUUUCGCUUCCAGAGGCUGACAAAACGCUCCUGCUCGGUAGUUACUUGUUAAAGGUUUGGGACACGCAGAUACUCUUCGCCCAUUCGGGAUCUCCCUUUGUGGGAAGGAGGCUCAGAGGUCCCGGCCACCGGGUGAAGGGAGAACAGGCAUACAGCGCUGUCAUUGCCGGACAGCUGCGAGCCCCGACUUUCUCGCCAGGCUCUCCAGGACAUUCCGAGGCUCCACCCCUGGCAACGCCACGCUGACGUUCGCGCGUCGGAGGCCGCCAUAGGUGCGCGUCGGAGCCCAGGAGGACGUGUGGCGCGUGGACUACAUCAGGUCCAGCCCUGCGGGACCCCAGCAGGCGCUUCCGGGCAAGGUUCUGUGCACCUGUUUUCUCCUUCUACGCGAGUACCUUCCCCCUCCGGAAAGACUGGGAUAUGCCUGUGUCCAAAGGACAAGAAGAUGCGAACCAGCAAGCCCAAGUUAACCAAAGCGCGGAAGUUGAGCCCAAACCAAGAGCGUGCCGGGCACCUUUAAGCUGUUUGUAAGCUCACGUGAUUCACCAAGUGCUGGCCCCAGCGGUCACGUGACGGCGCGCGCGCCCUCGCGCAGGGAGAGCCGGCGGUGCGCGCGCCUUCGCCGCUGCCUCCCACCCACCGCCUCGACGGGAGGGUGAGGCGCGGCGCAGUGAUCGGGCGGCCGGGGUCCUGUGCGCGUGCGCAGCGAACAGCUGUCACCUAGUGCGGAACAAGUCUUCCGAAUUUCCCAAAUCUCCCUGGGCCGGAGGCCACUGUCUUCUUCUUUUCCUCCUCCACCGGGUUGUGCUCCUGCCCCAACCCGCGCGCCAGACACUGCCCUAGCCAUCAUGGAGGUGGCCGACGCGGAAAGUCCUCUGAACCCCAGCUGUAAGAUAAUGACCUUCAGACCCUCCAUGGAGGAGUUCCGGGAGUUCAACAAAUACCUUGCAUACAUGGAGUCUAAAGGAGCCCAUCGCGCGGGUCUUGCAAAGGUGAUUCCUCCUAAGGAGUGGAAACCAAGACAGUGCUAUGAUGACAUUGAUAAUUUGCUCAUCCCAGCACCAAUUCAGCAGAUGGUCACAGGGCAGUCAGGACUGUUCACUCAAUACAACAUCCAGAAAAAAGCAAUGACUGUGAAGGAGUUCAGGCAGCUGGCCAACAGUGGCAAAUAUUGUACUCCAAGAUACUUGGAUUACGAAGAUUUGGAGCGCAAGUACUGGAAGAACUUAACUUUUGUGGCACCCAUCUAUGGUGCAGAUAUUAACGGAAGCAUAUAUGAUGAGGGUGUGGAUGAAUGGAACAUAGCUCGCCUGAAUACAGUCUUGGAUGUGGUUGAAGAAGAGUGUGGCAUUUCUAUUGAGGGUGUAAAUACCCCGUAUCUAUAUUUUGGCAUGUGGAAGACCACGUUCGCAUGGCACACCGAGGACAUGGACCUCUAUAGCAUUAAUUAUCUCCACUUUGGAGAGCCCAAGUCUUGGUAUGCUAUACCUCCAGAGCAUGGAAAACGACUUGAAAGACUAGCUCAAGGUUUUUUCCCAAGCAGCUCCCAAGGGUGUGAUGCAUUUCUUCGCCACAAGAUGACUUUGAUUUCUCCAUCAGUAUUGAAGAAAUACGGUAUUCCCUUCGACAAGAUAACCCAGGAGGCUGGAGAAUUCAUGAUCACUUUCCCAUAUGGCUACCAUGCUGGUUUUAAUCAUGGUUUCAACUGUGCAGAAUCUACAAAUUUUGCUACUGUCAGAUGGAUUGACUAUGGAAAAGUUGCCAAAUUGUGCACUUGCAGGAAAGACAUGGUGAAAAUUUCAAUGGAUAUCUUUGUGAGGAAAUUUCAGCCAGACAGGUAUCAGCUUUGGAAACAAGGAAAGGAUAUAUAUACCAUUGAUCACACGAAGCCUACUCCAGCAUCCACCCCUGAAGUAAAAGCAUGGCUGCAGAGAAGGAGGAAAGUAAGAAAAGCAUCCCGGAGCUUCCAGUGUGCUAGAUCUACCUCUAAAAGGCCUAAGGCUGAGGAGGAAGAGGAAGUGUCAGCUGAAGUCGAUGGGGCAGAGGUCCCUAACCCCGACUCAGGCACAGAUGACCUCAAGGUCAGUGAAAAGUCAGAAGCAGCAGCGAAGCUGAGGAACACAGAAGCACCUUCAGAAGAAGAGUCCUCUGCUAGCAGGAUGCAGGUGGAUCAGAAUUUAUCAGAUCAUAUCAAACUCUCAGGAAACAGCUGCUUAAGUACAUCUGUAACAGAAGACAUGAAAACUGAGGAUGACAAAGCUUAUGCAUAUAGAAGUGUACCUUCUAUACUCAGUGAGGCUGAUGAUUCCAUUCCAUUAUCUAGUGGUUAUGAGAAGCCCGAGAAAUCCGACCCACCCAAGCUUUCAUGGCCAAAGUCACCUCAGUCAUGCUCAUCAGUGUCAGAGAGUAAUGAUGUGUUAACAGAGGAAGAAGAGAGUGAUGUGGAGAGCCAUGGGAAUGGCCUUGAACCUGGGGAAAUCCCAGUGGUCCCCAGUGGAGAGAGAAAUGGCUUCAAAGUCCCCAGUAUAACAGAGGGAGAGAACAAAACUUCUAAGAGUUGGCGCCAUCCACUUAGCAGGCCUCCAGCAAGAUCCCCGAUGACUCUUGUGAAGCAGCAGGCACCAAGUGAUGAAGAAUUGCCUGAGGUUCUGUCCAUUGAGGAGGACGUGGAAGAAACAGAGUCUUGGGCGAAACCUCUCGUCCACCUUUGGCAGACGAAGUCCCCUAACUUCGCAGCUGAACAAGAGUAUAAUGCAACAGUGGCCAGGAUGAAGCCACACUGUGCCAUCUGCACUCUGCUCAUGCCAUACCAUAAGCCAGAUAGCAGCAAUGAAGAAAAUGAUGCUAGAUGGGAGACAAAAUUAGAUGAAGUCAUUACGUUGGAAGGAAAGACUAAGCCCCUUAUACCAGAGAUGUGUUUUAUUUAUAGUGAAGAAAAUAUAGAAUAUUCUCCACCCAAUGCCUUCCUUGAAGAGGAUGGAACAAGUCUUCUGAUUUCCUGUGCAAAGUGCUGCGUACGGGUUCAUGCAAGUUGUUAUGGUAUUCCUUCUCAUGAGAUCUGUGAUGGAUGGCUGUGUGCCCGGUGCAAAAGAAAUGCGUGGACAGCAGAAUGCUGUCUCUGCAAUUUGAGAGGAGGUGCUCUUAAGCAAACGAAGAACAAUAAGUGGGCCCAUGUCAUGUGCGCCGUUGCGGUCCCAGAAGUUCGAUUCACUAAUGUCCCAGAAAGGACACAAAUAGAUGUAGGCAGAAUACCUUUACAGAGGUUAAAAUUGAAAUGCAUCUUCUGCAGACACCGGGUUAAGAGGGUCUCUGGAGCCUGCAUCCAGUGUUCCUACGGUCGCUGCCCGGCCUCCUUCCAUGUCACUUGUGCCCAUGCUGCUGGGGUACUGAUGGAGCCUGACGAUUGGCCUUAUGUGGUGAACAUUACAUGCUUUCGACAUAAGGUCAACCCCAAUGUGUUCACAGCACAGAGUAAGCACUCAAAAAAUGAAAGUUGUAUUGCUACUACUACUUCUACUGCUGCUGCUGCUGGUGCUACAAUCUUAUGUGAACUGGGCCACAAGCCCAAGGCUUGCGAGAAGGUCAUUUCCGUGGGACAGACGGUCAUCACGAAGCAUCGGAACACCCGGUAUUACAGUUGCAGAGUGAUGGCUGUGACGUCGCAGACCUUCUACGAGGUCAUGUUUGAUGAUGGCUCCUUCAGCAGAGACACAUUUCCUGAGGAUAUCGUGAGCCGAGACUGUCUGAAGCUGGGCCCACCUGCCGAGGGAGAAGUCGUCCAAGUCAAGUGGCCCGAUGGCAAACUCUAUGGAGCAAAAUAUUUUGGAUCAAACAUUGCCCAUAUGUACCAGGUUGAGUUUGAAGAUGGAUCCCAGAUAGCAAUGAAGAGAGAGGACAUCUACACUUUAGAUGAAGAGUUACCCAAGAGAGUGAAAGCUCGAUUUUCCACAGCCUCUGACAUGCGAUUUGAAGACACAUUUUAUGGAGCAGACAUUAUCCAAGGGGAGAGAAAAAGACAAAGAGUGCUGAGCUCCAGGUUUAAGAACGAAUAUGUGGCCGACCCUGUGUACCGCACGUUUUUGAAGAGCUCUUUCCAGAAGAAGUGCCAGAAGAGACAGUAGUCUGCAUACAUCGCUGCAGGCCACAGAGCAGCUUGGGUAGGAAGAGAGAAGAUGAAGGGACGACCUUGGGGCUGUGCCAUGAGUUUUGCUGGCAUAGGUGACGGGGUGUGUCUCUGACAGUGGUAAAUCGGGUUCCAGAGUUUGGUCACCAAAAAUACAAAAUACACAUUAUUAAUUGGAUGCAGCAAUCUGAAAUCAUCUCUAGUCUUGCUUUCACUUGUGAGCAAUUGUCUUCUAUGAUCCCAAAGAAUUUUUCUAAGUGAAAGGAAAUACUAGUGAAUCACCCACUAGGAAAAGCCACUGCCACAGAGGAGGCGGGUCCCCUUGUGUGGCUUAGGCCCCUGUCAGGAAACACAUGGGGACCUCUCUCUCCAGCUCCAGCAGGUGGCACCUCGGUACCCAGCGGGGAGGGCAAUAAUUUAUAUAUUUUCCACAGUCAGGGAAGGACUCUCACUUAUUUGUUUCAAAUUGCAGUUUUUAUAAAACAUUUUUAAAACACAAAUGGCAUGUAUGCUAAUGAGAUUUACCCGUGUGCUAUCUGUAUUUCCCUUGUACAGAACUUUUACAUUUUUGAAUAUUCCUAUUACUUUUGAUUGUGUCUGAUGGGAACUGAGUUGUUGGCCUUUGUGAAAUGAAACUUUGGCUCUUGAGAAAGAAUUCUUAUGAAUUGUAUGCGAAUUUUAUAUAUUUAAAGAGGGAGAUCUGGGGCUGUUAUUUUUAAACACUUUUUUUCAUAAUACAUAUUCUGAGUAGAUAUUUAUAAAAUAUAUGUUUCUUUCAUUAUGUGUUUGUAAAAUUAGAGUUUAAAUAAAUAUGCUUUGAUGCAUAGUUUUGAACUAAUGUAACAUGAUUUUUCUUUUUUAAAACAGCCUGAAAAUGUACUAGUGUUUAAAAAUAAAGAUUUCCAUUUUCUCCA